AUGUUGGCAAUGAGUAAAAUACAAAUUGAUGACGACAUUUACGACGGGUAUAAUGAUUACCCAUCGAUAUACAGCAUUAAAGAUCUUGAACAGGAUCAAUUAUUCCAGGAAGCUCUCAGUACAAGUUAUGGAAAGAGAUCAAUUUUCACACCAAAAGUUCCAGGAAGUGCUAUGCGCUUGGGUACUUCAACCGGGUUUCACAGAGGUGGUACUGGCAUAUCUUUGCGACCUACUACUAGUGGACUUAGACCAAUGACAGCGGUCAGAGGUGCUGGUUACACUAGUAGCAAUCGUCAAAUGUUCGAUCCACUAAAUAUGAGCAGUUCUACCAAAGGUCCUGCACCGCCCUUGGAAACUGGGAAAGAAGACACGCCUGAAGAAAAGAUAAAGGCAUCUGAGAGGAGAAUCAUGGAAAUAAUAGAAAGUUCAAUACAAGCAGCAUAUGAGAACAACAUGAGAGUUGCUUUAGAAAGAGCAAGGGAUGCCAGCUCUAGAGAAAAAGCUCUUAUCAGGCUACAAGAACAAGCUGGGCUUAGCGACAGCCACAAUGUAGAUUUAACAUUUGCUGUAAUUUUUAAUUUGGCGAUACAAUACACCAACAAUAACAUGCUUACGGAAGCUAUAGCAACUUAUCAAGGUAUAACGAGAAACAGAAUUUUCAGCAAUAACGCUAGACUGAAAGUGAACAUGGGGAAUAUAUAUGUUAAAAUGGGACAAUUGUCGCAAGCGAUUAAGAUGUACAGAAUGGCGUUUGACCAAGCUCCAGCAGCUCAUAAAGACUUGAGAAUAAAAAUAAUGCAUAACAUCGGAAUGUUAUUUGUACAAAUGGGUCGUUUGGAAGAAGCGGCUAAUAGUUUUGAGUGGGUGAUGAAAGAGAGGGCCGAGUUUAAAGCAGGCUUGCACACUGUCUUAUGUCAUUUCGCGUUGUCUCAUAGGGACAAAAUGAAAAGGGCAUUUUUAGAGUUGUUAGAAGUUCAACUUAACAUAGAUCAGGAGGACAGAUAUAAUAUAAGUACAGACGAUGUUGCCUCUAACAUAUUGAACGAAAUUUUAAAGAACGACGAUUUGUCUAAAUUGGAGAAAGAAUUAAGAUCUGAAGCAGAGAGAACUAUUCUUUCCGCAGCCAAGCUCAUAGCGCCAGUGAUCGAGGACACCCUGACGGCUGGCUUUGCUUGGUGUGUGGAUUCCAUAAAGUCUUCAGCUUAUAGUCCAUUAGCCGCUGACCUCGAAAUAAGCAAAGCUAUGGUGUUUCUACAUAAUCGGGAAACCCAGUUGGCUAUUGAUACAUUGAAGAUGUUCGAGAACCGUGAGAGUAAAGCUAACAGCUCAGCUGCGACCAUGCUUUCAUUCAUUUAUUAUCUCCAAGGAGAUUACAACCAAGCGGAAAGGUGCGCGGAGAUCGGUCGGAAUGCAGAUACCUACAAUGCAGCUGCUUACGUGAACUUAUCAGCAUGCGCGAUUAAAAAGAGUAAUUUAAACAUCGCUAAAGAGCUCCUUCUAUGUGCGCUAGAUACAGAUGCCAGCCACGUGCAAGCUCUUUAUAACUUAGGACUAGUAUAUAAAAAACAAAGUAUGUAUGAGGAAGCAUUAGAAUGCUUUUGGAAAGUUCGGAAUAUCGUUAGGCACGACCCGCAAACGUUGUAUCAAAUCGGGCAUCUGUACCAACUCAUGAGCGAGAUAGAUCAAGCAGCAGAAUGGUAUAAUCAGUUGCUUGGGAUAAUACCGUGCGAUCCUGGAGUUCUACAGAAGUUAGGCGAGAUGUAUGACGCUGCUGGAGAUAAGCAACAGGCGUAUCAAUUCUAUAGCGAUUCUUAUAGAUUCUUUCCUGCCAAUUUUGAAGUGAUCGAUUGGCUGGGAUCAUACUUUGUAUCGAUGCAAAUCGCCGAGAAAGCGAUGAUUUAUUUUAAAAAAGCUGUGGAGCUCGCUCCCGACGAACCACGGUGGCGCUUACUGGUUGCCGCGUGUUUGAGGCGAACCGGGCAAUUUCACAAGGCUCUUCUAGAGUAUCAGGAUAUUCACAACAAGUUCCCGGAGAAUAUCGAAUGUCUAAAAUUUUUAGUUCGCUUGUGCAGCGAUCUUGGUUUAAAGGAAGCGCAGAUGUACGCGGCGGAGCUGAAACGCGCUGAAAAAGCGAAGGAGCUAAAAGAGAGGCAGAGUUCGGCAAGACCAGGAUCAAGGAGAAGCAACAGUGGGACCUCGUCGCGGACUGGUUCUGGAAUGAGCGUGCAGUCGGAUCAUAGGUCGAGUCCGACCUUCGGUAGACGGGAAAAUCAAGGCUUGAGCAGUGCCGGUAUUACACGAUCUAAUCGAGUCUCCGCAAACGAAAACAUCGCGGAAACGCCAAUGGAUAUCGGCGAUCAAACAGGUACUCCGUACAUUGAUCCAAUUGGUCCGCUACCUGUCCGUCCUAUGACGUCUGCCGGAAAGAGAGACGACGAUUUCGGCGAUGAAGAGUUAGGCGACGAUUUGUUACCGGAGUAACGGUGACAUUCUUUUUACUGUCUUUGGUAAUUGAAAUUCGUCAGAAAAAUUAAUAGUACAGUUGAAUAGCGCAGCAUCUUUUUAUAUGACGAUAACCGAAUCAAUGCGCAGAGUGAUAUGUAAUUCGCUUAGAUUAAUCGCGCCUGGCACAUUAAAGUACAUUAAAUGUAACACGCGUCCUUUUGUCCGAGACUCAAAGUCGAGCCCCGUCGCAUCCACAAGCGGUAUUAACACAAAUUGUGCUUUCGUUAAUUAUCAUUUCGAAGUGCAAGAUGGUUGUCUAUAGUACGGUGCUAUACAUUAUGAAACCACGAGGGUCGGGCAAUUGUAACGAUCUAAAUUUAAACACGCUGACCAAUUUAAUCAAACUCCAUUCAGCCUAUGUAGUUUAGUAGACGGACGUUAUUUUAUUGCAGCUAUAUUCAAACUCCAUUCAACUGAGAUAAUGCGAGUCCGCGGGAGCAUAUUCGGUAGCGAGCCCGUCGCUCUUACGUUCGCUGAAUGUUAUGUUAAAUAAAUUCCUAUUGCAUAUAAGUCA